UAAUUCUCACGUUUUGGUUUGUUGAAGUCGCUAUCCAUGACCAUUCAAUGGAAGAACAGGACCCAUAUUAGAAACGUCUCUCUUCUUCUCCUUUUUAGAGAGUUGAGUUUUGAUGAAUCCCAUGUUCUUCAUCGUCUAAAACGAUCUGGGAUUGCGUCGAAAUCCAAUCUUUUGAUAUCCAGAGCUUAAAAAAUGUCAGCAAGAAUUGUCUCUACUGCGAAUUCGUCGUUUCUACCUUUGAAUCAUUUAGGGGGUACCUCUCGUUCUGCUAGAUUAUUGAUUCCGAGCAGGAAGAGUUUGGGUUGUUGUUCUAGUGAGAGAAAGAUUGUUUGCGCUUGUACGGCGCCUCCAAGGAACUGGCCUGAUGGGUUUUCUGCAGUCAAUUUUAAUGAUUCGUCCAGUCAGGAGAAGGAUUCAUCCGCCAUGGAGAAUUUGAGCGUGGCUAGAGAGGUUGAUGAUGACUCCGAUGUCCUUAUUGAAUGUAGGAAUGUUUAUAAGUCAUUUGGGGAGAAACACAUCUUGAGAGGUGUCAGCUUUAAGAUUAGACGUGGAGAAUCUGUUGGAAUUAUUGGCCCUUCAGGCACUGGGAAGUCUACAGUGCUGAAGAUUAUGGCAGGUCUCCUUGCUCCAGACAAGGGAGAGGUAUUGAUUCGGGGACGGCAAAGAUAUGGUUUGAUAAGUGAUGAGGAAGUAUCCGGCCUUCGGAUUGGAUUGGUAUUCCAGAGUACAGCGCUUUUUGAUUCUUUAACUGUUCGUGAAAAUGUUGGUUUCUGUUUGUAUGAAAAUUCUGAUAUGUCUGAGGAUCAAAUAGCAAAGCUUGUGACGGAAAACCUGGCUGCUGUGGGCUUGCAGGGAGUUGAGGACUGCUUGCCUUCUGAAUUGUCUGGUGGAAUGAAGAAGCGAGUGGCAUUAGCUCGAUCUAUAAUUUUUGAUAACACAAAGGAGGCAAUAGAUCCAGAGUUGGUGUUGUAUGAUGAACCUACUGCUGGGCUUGAUCCUAUUGCAUCUACUGUUGUCGAAGAUCUCAUCCGCUCUGUCCACAUGAAAGGUCAGGAUGCAGAGGGUAAACCAGGGAACAUUGCAUCUUAUGUGGUUGUCACUCACCAACACAGCACCAUAAAAAGAGCUGUUGAUAGGUUAUUGUUUCUCUAUGAGGGGAAAAUCGUCUGGCAAGGGAUGACUCAUGAAUUCACUGUAUCAACAGAUCCAAUUGUUAGACAGGUAUAUUUGCAUUAAUGUUUCCUUUUGAAGCAAUGAUAUGUGACUCACAGAAUCAAAAAGAU